UCUCUCUCUCUCUCUCUCUCUCUCUCUCUCUCUCUCUCUCUCUCUCUCUCUCUCUCUCUCUCUCUCUCUCUCUCUCUCUCUCUCUCUCUCUCUGCUGAACUUGUUACAAAAAAAAUUCUUCUGCAAGAAGAUCGUAGCGAGGCCCAUUCAAAUAGAUAGAUUCAAAGAGAGACGAUAGAUUAAUUUGAUCUACACUCAAAAGGAAGCAACUCUUCUGUUUAGCUACCUCAUGCAUUAUAAAAACUACUUCACCAACUUUUCUCUAGUCGUUCAUCUACCCACCAAGCAAGCGAACGAAGUGAGCCGCCAGUUUGUCAACUUCACCAUCUUCAUUACUUCCAAGACUUUCAGUAACAAGGGUCAGAAGUUCGUAGCAAAACUUAUCCUCAAUGCUGUGGCUCAACAUGAUCGACUUCAACGCCAAGACCUGUCACUCGUCACCAUCGGCGUCAGGGAACCAACGCCACGACCUGUCACUCGUCACCAUCGGCGUCAGGGAACCAGCGCCACGACCUGUCACCUGUCACCAUCGGAGGCAGGGAACCAACGGAAGACCGAACGGCGACGUGAAGCAGACGCUGAGCAGCUGGAUCCAUUAAAACUGGACAAGGGAUUGGUUUUCCUACUUCUCCUUCGUCUAGUUCUUUGAAUCAAGGAAUUCGAUGUUGUCCGUACAAGGCGGUGUUUAUGGUCGAAUCUUCUGAGGUAAUAAAGUCUGAACUGUCGUCGACCUUUCACCGGCAACUGAUGCAGCAGCUGACUGAUGAAGAAGACUUAGACACAUUUGAGAGUUGGGAAAAUGGAAGAUAAUAUCUAUACUAUAUCGCAUUCAUCAUCACAGUCACCGUCAUCGGGUCCAUAUUCACAAUCAUCCAUUUUUAUCAGUCUCAUCAUAUCAGUUUCCAUCACCAUAACCUAACCAAUCCACAUUAUAAUUAUCAAUAGUAUCAGUUUGCUCUAAUUAAUCAAUCUGCAUAAUUUUCAUCCUGUAUCACAAGCAGCCUUUCUGUUGCCAUUCUCUGUCCAAUUCCACUGCUGUUCCUUCCUUUAAUAAACAGUCAACCCUACUACUGCCUACACCAGCAUCCCUAAAUGGUACAGUGGAAUAUAGAGAUAUAGAAGAAACAGAAGAAGAGAAAGAUAAAGGAGACGGUGAAGACGAUAAUGAUAAUGAUGUGGAUGGUGCAGUCACGAACAUGAAGGAAACUAGGGCUAAGCACACGACAACCAAUAAAUAAUGCGCAGUUGUAAUGACAUUUGAGCAAAUUUCUCUCACGAGCUAAAAUAAUGCUGUCUUUAACCCGAUUCCACAGGUAGAAAGUUGGCCGAAAUUAAACCCAUGGAAAGUUGUCAGGGUUAUAACUGAAACCGAUAAUCACCAAAAUCUAUUGUGUUUCCCCCUUAUUGCAUUAUUUAAAACGUAUAUGUAUCGAAUCCAAUUUCAUUCAUGUGGUUGGUGAAAUUUUCCUUACAAGAGCUUACAAAUAACAAUAGAUAACAGUAAAUUUUCUAAAUCUAUAAAUAAAUUUGCCUUUUCUCUUGCUGGCAUGCUCAAACUGAAUCUAAAGUCAGAAUUAACCCAUUACUUAAGAUAUUGGCAACACAUGUGACUUUAUGUUACUGGAACUUAAAUGCAUAAACACAAAUCCAACAUACAAUGCCUGCUUGACAGGAAGAGUCAGACAGCAUCCGAUUUGUUCUGGCUGUCCCUGUGUUCCAACAUAUUUACAAAAGGUUCCAUGCAUUGUGUACUUCUGUGUUUAUUUUGCUUAAAUUACAUUUUCCUGCCACAUACACAUAUCCAUGUUUGCAUUCUAUUUUUUUUCCUUUUUACUCUGUUAUAUGACAUCUCUAUUUUGGAUAAAUAUAAACAGACGAGGAAGUCUGAAGAGGUCAGACAGCUUUUUCUAUAUAAGUGGUAACGAUACACCAUGUGAUUAAAUAACAAAAUCGUGCCAAGAAUGCAUACAGGCAUUACAUCAGCUGCACAGUAGGUAAUCAAAAUAAAACUGGGCUCCUUGCAAAUGCUGCACCGUGUGCUACUUUGGAUACAGUGGCUGAAUGUGAAACGUACAUCAAUGCCAUUUACAAUCCCAGUGAUAUGACGAUAAGCGAAGAAUCACCUGAAUGACUGUUACUUUUGUGUCUUAAAUGUGGAUUUUUUCUUAAGAAAAUUAUAACAAGAUAACAUAUCAAGAUUGUGAGUCGGCUAUAGUACCUGUGCUACACAGUAAGGACACUCAUAUACCUGUUACGGCUGUUUUUUAUGAUACUGAACGUCAUAGUAGUGAGAAAACUGAUAACACUGAUCUUCGUGACCCACCUGAAUUUGAGACUUGCAGACUACCUCAGUCACUCUACAGGAGUUAAAUGACAUAUCAGAAACAUUAACCAAUUAAAUCAUCAAGAGCUGAUCCUUUUAGCAGAAAGAAUAAAAAUAACUGGUUUUCACGAACACCAUACUAAUUUUGCGGCAUUCUUACAAAUGGAGAACGGUUUAUAUUUCUGCUUUGAUGUGAAUGAUCUUAUGGAGGAACUUGCCCAUGAACACCUUCUGGACGAAUCGAAAUUGUAAUGAGAAUCUUUCUCUGCCAAUGGCUCAUGUUGAAGAGCUAAAAGAAACAUUGUAGUCCAUGGGAAUUCUACUCUGACUAACAAAAUACAAAGACCACAAGUGGAAUAUAUGUAGGGACCUAACUUAGUUACAUCUCUAACUUAGUUACAUUUAUCUCACGUAUUUCGUUUUGGAAUAAUCAUGACGGCGCUAAGGACCAUAAGAUCAAAGAGUUGCCGGCAAGAAAAGUCCUUAAUCCAGGAAAAUUCAGCUUGAAAUAUAUACCCUUGGUGUCCCUAAAAAAUAUAUUUCUUCCCCAGUUGCAUAUAAAGUUGGGCCUAAUGAAAAAUGUUGUAAAAUUAGAAAAGCUUUAACUGACGCAAAACUAAUGGCCGGAGUAUUUGUUGGACGACACAUAUGUGAACUGUUAUCCUACCCAGUCUUCCUAUUAACACUGACCCCGAUGGACCUGCUUGCAUGAGAUGCUUUCAAGCAGAUUGUUUGGAACAUCCGAGGAAGAGUAGACCUCACAAUUAUUCCGAAUUAGCGUAGAAGCCUACAGAACAUUGGGUUGCCGUACGUCCUUGAAAAUGCUCUAUCUUCAUUCACGCCUGGACUUCUUUCCAUCCAGCCUUGAUUCUGUUAAUAAUGUACAUGAUAAAGGAUUUCAUCAGGAUAUCAGUACAAUGAAGGCCCGAUCUCAGGGGCGUUUCAGUCCCAGUCUGAUAGUCAUAAGAGUAAAGCCAAAUGCCUACAACACUAUUAAAUAUUUUCUACUUCCAGUGAGAAUAUGAUGCUUAAUGUCCUUGAAGCAUUAUUUAGC